GAUUUUACAAUCUUAGGAGUGUACUGUCAACUCAUUAAAGAGUAUUCGCACCCCUUCCAAUUCAUCCCAUCGCGCUAAAGCAAUCCAUCAAAUAUUCUCAAAUUUGCCUCUUUGUCAGCUGAGUUCGGCUGAAUAUAAUCGUCUCUCAAAUGGGUUUCUCUCACUUCCUAAAUCGUUUACCCAAAAAAAUUGAAAGCUCCAAUCUGCAGAAAACCACCAUCGCAACCUACGUUCAUUACCCUUCUCUUCCUUCUAGACCCACCAUUGGAAUUGGUUCACUUAAACCCUUCAAAGGUCAAAAUUCCCUUCCAGUUUCAUCGACUCGUGCUGAGAAUUCAAUUGGGUUCCUAUCCAAUACCCUACACAAUCUAAGUAAUCUUCAUUUCUUCAGCUUUUACAGAUCAAUCCGUGAGGGUUUGGUGAAUACCCAAGUUGUUAUUGAGGCCAAUAACAAGAACCCAGAUGCCGAAAGCAGCCGAAUCGCCCAAGACAUAGAGAAACUCUGCAAAAUACUAUCGAGCCAUGGAAAUUCUUCCGAAGAUAUUCACUCUGCGUUGGAUCGUGCUAAUGUUGCAGUAUCAUCCCCCACACUGGUUGUGGAGGUUCUCAAAAAGCUCAGCAACGCAGGGGCACUUGCGUUGUCGUUCUUCAGGUGGGCUGAGAAGCAGAAAGACUUCAAACACACCACUGACAGCUACAAUGUUCUGAUCGAAGGUCUGGGAAAAAUCAAGCAGUUCAAGAUGAUAUGGAAUUUGGUGGGUGACAUGAACAGCAAGGGUUUGUUGUCGAAAGAGACAAUUGCUCUGAUCAUUCGGAGGUAUGCAAGAGCGAGGAAGAUUAAGGAAGCCAUAGAGGCAUUUGAGAGGAUGGAGAAGUUUGGUAUGAAGCCAGAAUUGUCAGAUUAUAACAGAUUGAUUGACACUUUGAGCAAGUCUAGGCAUGUUGAGAGAGCACAGCAGGUGUUUGAUAAAUGGAAAAACAGAAAAUUUACCCCGGAUAUCAAGUCUUACACGAUACUCCUGGAAGGCUGGGGUCAGGAGCAGAAUCUGCUGAGGUUGAAUGAAGUUUAUCGUGAAAUGAGGGAUGAUGGGUUCGAACAGGAUGUUGUGAGUUACGGAAUUAUGAUAAAUGCUUACUGUAAGUCUAGGAAGUACAAUGAAGCUAUAGAAAUGUUUCAUGAAAUGGAAGGAAAGAAUAUCAAACCAUCUCCUCAUGUAUACUGUACUCUCAUCAAUGGACUGGGUUCUGAGAAGAGACUUAGUGAAGCUCUUCAGUUCUUUGAACUAUCUAAGGCUAAAGGUUUCACUCCGGAGGCACCAACUUAUAAUGCACUUGUGGGGGCUUAUUGUUGGUCGAUGCGGAUCUAUGAUGCUUAUCAAGUGGUUGAGGAGAUGAGGAAAUGUGGGGUUGGACCCAAUUCUCGAACUUAUGAUAUAGUUCUUCACCACCUCAUAAAAACUAGAAGAACAAAAGAAGCUUACUCAGUUUUCCAGAAAAUAAGCAAUGAGGCGGGUUGCGUGCCUACUGUCAGUACAUAUGAGAUAAUAGUGAGGAUGUUCUGCAAUGAGGACAGAGUGGAUAUGGCGAUAAGGGUUUGGGAUCAGAUGAAGGCCAAUGGAGUCCUUCCUGGAAUGCAUAUGUUUUCGACAUUGAUUAAUAGCUUGUGCCAUGAGAAUAAAUUAGACGAUGCCUGUAAAUAUUUUCAGGAGAUGCUGGAUAUGGGUAUUAGGCCUCCUGCGCCAAUGUUUAGUAAUCUUAAGCAAGCUCUUCUUGACGAGGGUAAAAAUGAUACUGUUUUAAUCUUGAGUCAGAAGCUUGAGAAAAUACGGAAAACUCAACUGAUUGGUUAAGUCCAGGAGAGGUACGAUGCCAUUGAUCACACAACUGUUUAGAUCCUAUAAGAGAAACUACUCAAAUCAUCUGUAUUCUGAUGAAUGAUAAGACAGUCGUCCACGUGCUUAGUAGUGAAUUCUUCACCUCAUCUGACGGCUGAAGCACGAUACUCAGGCCUAUAGCUAGAAUUCGACUCUAUCAUAAUUAUAUCCUGAACUCCAAAGCAACAUACAAAUGUUGGGCACUAAUUAUUGGCUUUUGACACCAAUGCAGAAUAGGAUUUAUUUGUUUUUUAUUCUUCAAGAAGUUCAGGAUCAAUUUUAAGUAAAGUUGGAUUGUUUGUUUAAUUCUGAUGGAGGGAUUUAAAUAGAAUCGAGGGUUUAGCCAUUUCUUGCUACCACAAUUCUUCAAACCCAACAUUCAUGUAUGUGAUAGAUGCUCUUGUUUUUUAAUGUCUUGCUUGAUGUGUUGAAUAGACUACUUUCUUCCUUUUU